AUGAUAUUCUCUAGUCUGCUCCCUUCAUAUUAUGACGAAGAUCUUGAUGACCUCAAGGCCUGCCGACUUGCGUGUAAGCGAUGGACUGAGAUUGGGUUCCGAGGUCUUUUCGGUUCGACUUUCGUAUUUCGUCGUGAUAGAAUGGAUACAGAACGUUUUUUAUACUUCACGACAUACCCUCGGAUUUUUUCUAAGAUCGAUCGAGUUAUCUUUGAUUAUGGAUGGAAUGGUAUCGCCAAUGUAGUGUCUAACUACGCCAGCAUUUACGCAUCCUUUUGGAAUAGUGCAACAAACCUGAAAGGAGUGCUGCGCGAUAGACGAACCGCUCAACUAGAAUCCCAAAAAGAAUCACAUGUGCGAAAUUACGCAAGGUGGUUCAUAAACUGUGAAAAUUCCGAGCAGAGAAGCUUUUUGUGACCUUCCGCGGCUAUUUCAGUAUGUUCUCACUUCCAUGGUAUUAAUCGCAUUGAUUUUACACUGAGAUCAACAUCAUUCCGGUCAAAUUCUUUGAUUCACGCUUGGAGCGCAGAUACAUGCCAAACUUUCUUUAGUCAGAGGAUAGCCGAGUUUGGUUUCUUAUUGCUCGGCCUUGCUCAUCUUUAUCGAUAUACACUUGACAGCAAUAUCAAGCUCAAGCAUCUCAGCCAUGACAUGCUUCCAACGACUUUCUUUGGCCGUCCAAUUUCAGAGCUUAAAACAUUAGUAGAGCCAUUACGUUGCCUACAAACACUUCAUCUCACAUUCGAUGCUACAGAACCUCCAACAGUACAAUUCUGGAAGGGCUUGGGCUUCUUCCUCGCUUCGGCUCCACAACUGAGAAAUCUUCGAUAUGGUUUUGAUCGAAUUUUGUACAUAUCUGAGGAGGGUAUUUGGUGUAUUAGGGAGACGGGACCAGGAAACCUUGUUUUCAACGAGGAUAAUGCACCGGAAAAGUGGUAUGCCCCCCUUUGGAAAGUUCUAGGAGACUACACAUGGGCCCAUCUGGAGCAUCUACGUUUAGAUGGGAUGGUGCUAUGUGAAAGGGGAAUAUUUUCGCUUUUAUGCAGACACUCGAAUACUCUGCGGACUUUAGAGCUCCAUCAAAUCGGUCUCUGGCUUGGUAGCUUUGAAAAUUUGCUAUUGAAAAUUCGAAACAAGCUAUCACUUACUGGUUUCGGCAUAUCCGGUCAUUGUGAAGGUCUCCACUCCACAAAUGAAAGCCGGGAUUUCCCUCGAAUAUAUGACCCCUAUCGAGAGAUCUGGUCUCCAGCGUUUAGUUUUUGGGUUGAGCAGUGCGAAUCUCAUACUUCCGGAAGAAAAUUUGACAAUGGUAAUCCGGUUGACUAUUCCUUGGGGGCGAAAUUGAAGAACUUCAUCUUUGGUGAUUCAUGGCCUAUUAUGGGUCAUCAUACCAGAAAACGCUGUACGGACUUUCCUGAAUGUGUGUUACACACCGAAAAAUGUAUCAAAAGCUGCUGGCGCGAUACCAAGCGAAUGAUUGACCAGAUAUGGGAUAAAGACUUUUUUAUUGACCCUGGUAUGGAAACUCCGCCCUUUUCUGAGGGAACAGAAGCCGGUCAGAAUUUCACGUCGUACUAUAAUGAUGAUGGGUUCGAUGAAGAAGAGUGUGAUAUCCAUGGCUACAACGAAGAGGGAGAACACUAUCUUGAUGAUAUUGUUACUGAUGAAGAAUAUCUCCAGGGCAUGACCACAUCCACACGAAUGCGAAGGGAGCUUGAAGCAUCAAUAGUGCAUAGAAUCCCACGCUUCUGGGGUGGCCAGAAAGGCGAACACGGAGAGGAGACUAUGACUGUUCAGGAAAAUAGUGAAGCGGUUACAGUCAAGCGCAAAAUAUUGACACAAAUGAGAUCUCGCAUUGUGCGAGACCACAUGACAGAGGAAACGACAGUUCAGGACGAAGAAGACAGUCCUUGA